UGAUUUGUCAAAAAAACAAAUAUAAAGUAAAUUUUUAGUGAAAAUUCCCACGAUAAUUGAAUGAGUUUGUUGAACAUAAAACGUAAUUAGAGUUCACGAGUUCACAACAAAUAUCUAAUUCUUUUUCUCAAAAAAUUACAAAUUGAUUUUUAUCGAAGACUAAUUUAAAAGCACAUGUGAAGUUACGCAAUAAGUUUUAGUAUCGAAACAGCUAAUAAAACAUACCGUCACUGUUUUUAUCUGUUGUUAAAUUAUCUAACAUUGUUGAUAACAACACAAAUGUUUGACGCUAGAAAGUUAUGUUUAGUGAUAAAUAAUAACAAAUUGCUUUGAUUCAAAGCUAUUCAAGUUCAUGUCGAUAUUGAUUUUCAAAAUUUUAAAUAAAAGAAAAAUUAUUAAGGUGCAGAAAUUAUAAAAAAAAAUAUUGCAAAACAGUAAAUUGGAUAGAAAUUCCAUUUGUCGCUUGAAUUCAUCGUCAGCACAAGAAUUUCCUCCCCUCAUCACAUUAUAUUGUUGGCACGCGUGACAUUUUCUACGGUUGCAUUUUUGUGUUAAAUAAAUUUUAUUGUUUGCUGACACGUUGAAAAGCUAUGAAAACAGUUUUCAGUGCAUUUCAAAGAGAAUUUUAGAAUUUGAAAGACAAGACAAUGGGAAAAAUGGAGAAAGACGAAGAUAAUGGAAAGAGCGUUGGCCUUAAACGCGAAAUGGGUCUUAUAGCUGCAGUGAAUGUUAUUCUUGGUGUCAUGAUAGGAAGUGGAAUUUUUGUAUCACCACAAGCAGCAUUGCGAUAUUCUGGAAGCAUUGGAGCUUGCAUUGUUGUUUGGACAGUAUGCGGUUUUAUCUCUUUGAUAGGAGCUUUAUGUUUUGCAGAACUUGGAACAGUUGUACCGAAGAGUGGGGCGGAAUAUGCUUAUCUAAUGGAGGCAUUUGGGAAACGCCACAGAUUUUUCGGUCCACUUCCAGCUUUUCUUUGUGCGUGGGUUUAUGUCAUGGUUUUACGGCCUGCAGAAAUUGCUGUGAUUAUUCUUACAUUUGCUGAAUACUCAAUACAACCAUUGAAUAGUCUUCCAAACAUGUCGCAAUUGUCUGAGUCAGAUCUACGAAACAUCACUAAGUUGGUUGCAUUGUUAGCUUUGGGAAUCAUCACUUACAUCAAUCUCGUCAGUGUAAAACUAUUCGUAAAAAUCAACAACAUUUUCGGGGUUUGCAAAGUGCUUGCUUGUCUUAUUGUAAUCUUUGGUGGAAUUUAUGAGAUUGCGAUUGGAAAUACACAAAAUUUAAAAAGUGGAUUUGAAGGGACAAACUUUAAUUUUGGUCACAUAGCUUUGGCAUUUUAUAGCGGUCUUUGGAGUUAUGAUGGUUGGAGUAGUGUCACAGCAAUAACAGAAGAAAUUAAAAGACCUGAAAAAAACAUUCCACGAUCAAUUUUGAUAGCUGUACCGAUAGUAACUGGGCUUUAUGUCUUCAUGAAUAUCGCCUACAUGACAGUGAUGGAGAAGACUGAAAUGAUUAACUCAAUAGCAGUCGGAAUCACGUUUGGUGAACGUGUUCUUGGAUCUUUUUCAUUUCUUAUUCCAUUAGGAGUUGCGUUGUCAACAUUUGGCUGUGCUUUAUCAAUUCAAUUUGGUGUAACUAGGCUUUGUUUUGUAUCAGCAAGAGAAAAUCAUAUGCCAAAAGUUCUUUCAUACGUUCAUGUCACUCGUUCAACACCAGCUCCAGCUGUUUUCCUGCAAGGAAUGCUUGCAUUAAUCUUCUUGGUUGUUGGCGACAUUGCACCCCUCAUUGAGUUUGCUUCCUUUUUAAUAUGGUUCUUUUAUGGAACUGCAAUGCUUGCACUUUUGAUGAUGAGAGUAACACACGCAAACACUCAUCGUCCUUAUAAAGUUCCAAUCAUCUUACCAAUCUUCACAUUAUUCGUGUCAUUGUUUUUAGUCAUUACGCCAAUGGUUAGCGAACCAGAUGUCAAAUAUUUUUCAGCAUGUGGUUUUAUUUUAUUAGGAAUUGCUGUGUACAUUCCUUUGGUUUACAUGAAAAUGCGACCGAGAUUGAUGGAUAAAAUAACACAUUUAACUCAAUUAUUUUUCCUAGCAGCUCCAACAUCAAUGGAAGUGGAGGAAAAAGUUUUAUGAGAAUAUUUUUUAUAAUUUAGAAAAUUCUGUUUUGGUUUUAAAACUUCAUAAUGGAUUUUUUUAAUUUUGUUUUUAACAUUUUAAAGUGUUCAUUAAAUGGAAAACAUUAUUUAAUGUACAAUAAAUUAUUCAUAAAUUUUAUAAUAAAAGGAAAACUUGA